AACUUGUUAAAUGUCAAGUCUUUUCUUACAUCAAUUGAGCUAGUAAAAUUAAAACUAUUAUGAAAAUUAACCAUUUUAACUACCCAAAAUUCGAAUUUUUUUUUAUGUUUAGAGUUUAAAACAUUAAAAACGUAGAUGAACAUGUUAAACGAAGAACGUUAUUUAUUGGUUAACAUUAAUGACUAAGCAAUUUAGCAAUCAUAUUGUUAUGUGUGAUAAAUAAAGAUAGCAACACCAUUCUUAUUUGUUGCCUUUUUCUAACACGCUAUCUAGGUUAUGUUUACAUAUUUGGUCUUAUGGCUGGUGAGCAUUAUAUAUACAUAAAUCAUAUUAUAUAAUUCAUUGGCUGUUACUAUGAAAAAAUCGUUUCUAACAUCAAGUUAUGAAAGUUUUCCAUUCCUAUGAAAACCAGUCACUAAUUUUCUAUAGAUUUAUUAAUUUUUGACGAGUAAUUAUUAUAACUAUUAGUAAUAAAAAAUAAAAGUUAAUUAAAAAAAAUUAUAAAAUAACUAAUUUGUAACUUUGUAACUUGUAAAUUUUUUAUUAACAACUCUUAGCUAAGUUAGCUAUAUUAAAGAAAGUAGGUAAGUAUAACUUACUCAGUUACUAAAGUUAAGUAAUUUGACUUUUACUGGUGAAUGCUGAACGGCGAUCUGUUUAGUAUUUAAUAAUUACUAUUAAAUCUUUUGCUGUUUUUAUUAAAUAAUAAUAUGAUGCAUGGCUAAUGAUUUAAUAACAAUGUUUUUGGUCGCAAGGAAUGGCAUCACUGCUGUGUCAUUACCAGCAUAAAGUAUAAUACUACGAGUAACCGCACCACUCACCCGCGCCUUAGCUGGAUCUUCCGUCUAUUGGUAUAAGGUAUGUGGUUCGGAGCGUGUUGAUUCAAAUUGUAUUAAUUUCACUACUUCACGAGUGUAUGUUUUAACGGUGAUAAGAGGUUGUGAGUUGUGAUACUGUUAAUAAAAAAAAAUUGUAUUACAGUCAUACAUAUAUUCUUUCCUAGAAUAAUAUCUUAAAUUCUUUCGUUCUUAUUAAUUCGAAAGUUCAUCGUUUGUUUGUCAGUAAUUUAUUUUGUGAAAAUAUCAGUUCCAAUCUUUGCUCAAGUAAGUAUAAUACCUAAAUCUAUAUAAGUACUUACCGGUAACUUUACAUGUAAUGUUGUAUAGGUAGGUACUAAUUCUGACAAUUAAAAAUUAUAUUUUGUGUUUUAGGUACUAAACUAGGUGAGUUUAAUAUCUACUCUUUUGGGAAUAAGUGCUCUUAACAUCCUCAUUAUACUGAGUAGUAGCGUCUAGUGGGGGGAGCUAAAUAACAAGAAUCAGAGCCUAUAUUUUUUACAUUGUAAUCCAUAACUAUUGUUAUCACAACAUCCCAGAUAGUGUUUUGAUCAAAUCAUUCCUUGUUUUUAGCUUAAACAAUAAAAAUAAGACAAGACCCUUGCAAUCAGAAAACUACAUAUUUACUUAAUUUAGGUAAUAUAAUAUAUCAUAACUUUAUUCUACUACGAUUAUUAUAUUUAAAUGGAAUGAAACAUUUAUGAUUAAUAACUUUUAAUUAAUUUGUCUAAUAAACAUAAAUAUUCUUACUACUUUUAAGCAGAUCAAAACUCUAUAAAUAAUUUAUUAAAUAGUGAAUUUUUUUUAACUUUUUACUAUUCAAAUAUUGUUUUGAGUUCCAUCUCACUUCACAUGAAUCUUAAAAAAUAUUGUUAAAUGAUAUAUAGUCACAAUAAUCUACUUUAUUGUUUGCCCUAACUACUCAGUUUUUAAUAUUAUGGUUACCUAUUGUAACUUAUUUAUGGUGUUUAAAUAGUUAUUUUUUAUUUUGACUCUUUAAAUUGAUCAUUAUUUGUUACAUUGUAUUAUUGUCAAUCACCUUUUAGCAUUGAACAUUCAAAUUAUUUCAGAUUAUGGCAUCUUGGUUAUUUGGAGUUUCUAAGCUGACGAGUGAUGUAGCUGAGGAGAGAAAAGAUAAUUCAAAAGACACUCAACCCAUUCAAACUUUGAACCCAGAACCUGUGAACAAUUUGCCCGCAACUAACUUACUUUAUAAUUUACAUCCAACUCCACCCAAAUCAAAAAUGUCUGAUGAGAAUGAAAAACCUAUUAGUAUGUUGGACAGUAUACCAUUUGUAUUAUCAAGCCAAAUCAAUGUGACCACUGAUCUGACUUGUAAUUUGGACGAUAUAAGAAAACGCUUAUCAUCUGUAAAAGAAAUUCUCGAAUCUGACUUAUAUAAUUACGAUUUUUCUAAUGAUAGAAAACUGGUAAACGAUGUAACAAUGUGUUCUUAAAUUACCAUCACUGUACAUAGGUAAUAUUCAAAAUGAAUACUAAUUACUUUGUGAAUUUAUCCUAAUAAAUUUUUUUUAAAGAUAUAUUGAA